AUGCUUCUCAAGGUCGUUGAUCCAGGCACCAGCUUAAGCAGCACAAGCUUGCUGACGACAAUCAAGAUACCGAGGAGGCGUUGCGAGCCGACUGCGCCACAAGGUGGGGGCACGGGUCCUGAACUCAUCAACGCUCUCGGCGGCAAGCUGCCGUUCUUGCCGCAGGAUCCAGCGGCUAGACGAGAUGCCUUCAAUCACAUGCUUGCUGAGAACGGCAGAAAGCUGCCUGUAACUGUCUCCGAAAUCAGCACGAAGGACGUGCAGGUUGAUGACAAUGUCAGUGUUCGCAUCUACCAGCCGUCUACCGCAAAGCAAGGUGGCAAGCUGCCUCUGCUAGUCUUCUACCAUGGCGGAGGGUGGAUAGCCGGAAACCUCGAUAUUGAGGACCAUAUGUGUCGCACGGUCUGCGGCGAAGCCGAGUGUAUUGUCGUCUCUGUGGAUUACAGGUUGACGCCUGAAGUUGACUUUGCCACGAUGCUGAACGAUUGCUUUGCAGCCGCCGAAUGGGCCCACAGCAAGGCGGCUGAGCUCAACGCCGAUCCUCAGAGAUACGGAUACUGGGGCGGAUCUGCCGGAGGUGCCCUCGCACUCGCUGCGGCAUAUCGUCUCAUCUCGAGCGGCAAGCGCGACCAUAUAUCAGCAAUCAUACUCAUGUCUCCAAUGUGUCUUCACCCGGAUGCAACUCCGGAGAAGUAUCGUCAUUUGCAUCGGUCGACUGUCGAGAACAGUGGUCUGGUACCCAUUGUGACGUGGGACGAUUGUGUAGCUUCGUACAGGGCCAACGACGUCCUACCUCCCUACGGCGACAGGAAGGCAGCGUGGUUUCCCACGUCUCUCGGCUCGGAAGCGCUGAAAGAUAUGCCACCAACGUACAUCUACAACACUGAUCUUGAGUGUAUGCGGGAUGAUGGCACGGUGCUGGAAGCGGAGCUCCGUGAUGCAGGUGUAUCGACCAAGCGAGACGUAAUGCCCGGCCUACCGCACUAUUUCUGGGUCCUGCCGUAG